UCAGAGAUAGGACACACAAAUACCGGUGAGAACAUAAAAUUCACAUUUGAACCGGUAUUAAUAAACUUUGGCUAUGUAGUUCUGAAUCUGAAAGCAUUCUCCAGGAUGAUAUCCAUGAUGAUAACGUCAAGAAAGUUUCAGGUGGUUUUAUAAUUAACAUUUAUAGAAAGAAACCACAGAUUAACUACAAAUGAAGAAAAUCAUAUUCUUGAUAAAGAUACCUUCAAUCAAUAAUUUUGAAAUAACAACUUUUUUGUCUCACCGUGAUCAAGGAAUUUAUCAAUGUGAAAGAAAAUGAAUUUAUCAGACCAUGAGAAUUCAGAAAAUGUGCAAUAUUGUUUUGAAUUUGUCAACACAUCCUGUCCUAGAGUCACCAGGUCAAUUGCUAUUAAUGUAGCACUCUAUAUUUUUAUUACCAUUUCAAUACUCAUUACUUUAUUUGGAAACCUAGUGGUGAUCAUUUCCAUUUUACAUUUCAAACAACUACAGACACCCACCAAUUUUCUUCUCUUAUCUUUGGCUGUUGUAGACUUUCUGGUUGGUUUUAUUGUAUUGCCAUAUAGUAUGGUUAGGUCAGUGGAAACAUGCUGGUAUUUUGGAGAAGUGUUCUGUAAAAUUCACUCAAUUAUAGAAAUUGUGCUAAUUGUUGUUUCAAUUUAUACUUUAUGUUUUAUUGCCAUUGAUCGUUAUUAUGCUAUGUGUGACCCUUUGUUUUACACUGUAAAGAUCACUCUACCUCUAACAGUUAUGACAAUUGUACUGAUUUGGCUGUUUGCUGUCUUUUAUGGACUUAGUGUGUUUUUAUUAGACUUUAGUAAAAAGUCUGUAGAUGAUUAUGAGGCUGUUAGGUCCUGUGAGGGCAGCUGUAUUGCAUAUCACAAGUUUGAGGGGCAUAUAGAUGCAUUGAUUGUAUUUUUUAUACCAAUUUUUAUUAUUUUAGGAAUAUAUGUGAAGAUAUUUUUUGUGGCAAGGUGCAAACAUUGUAGAAAAGUUGCAAAUAUGCCAAAUGAAAGCCACCAUACUGAAGAAAACAAUGUCACACUUAUGCAUAAAAAGGACCAAAUAGUUGUUCGAAAGCAAGACAUUUUAAUUGGAAUUUUUACAUUCUCCUGGCUGCCUUUCUAUGUAAAUAGUAUUCUUAAUCCAUACUUUGAUUUCUUAAUCCCACCAGUUUUAGAUAGUGUAUUUGCAUGGUUUGGAUUCUUUAAUUCCACUUUAAACCCUUUGCUUUAUGCUUUCUUGUAUCCAUGGUUUCGCAAAUCACUAAAACUUAUACUUUCUUGUCAGAUAUUUAACUGCGAUCCUUCUACAGUUAAUAUUCUUUCCAAGUAACCAAAUACAGAAAUGAUGCAGAAAAAUCAAAUAAAUGUAACCAAUAAAUAUUUAAAAUAUGUUGUGUUGGAAAGUGUUUCAUUGCCUUUAAUCCAGUCAUGGUUCAUUUAUAGCAUCCUUGCCUCUGAAGAGCAUGUAGAAGUGCUCCUGAAAAGGACACAGACAGGUUUCAUGUUACAAACUAAUGUUUCUGUUGCAUUCCCUAUUGCACAAAUCUGUGAAGGACUUCUGCAUGUUGUCUUUUGGAGUGGGAGGCCUGAUAAAUAGUUACUGUGGUUUCAAUUACCAGGUGAGGUUGAGGACAAGGCUGCAACAUUUCAUUCACCUUCAUAGUUAUCUGCUGGUCUAUUGUUGCAGGGUUUUGUUGUGGUAGGACCCAUGAAGAGAUAGAGGCUGCCCACAACUCUCUACCUCACUGUAUCUUAAGCACCCUGCCACUAUGAUUCAUGGCUGCUUAUUUGACGGAAGUGGUCUUGAUUAUUUUUCACUGACAUCCAUAUUUGGAGUUGCAUCUGCUAUCCAUCACCCUUCGAUGGCUAUGUUGGUGGCUGCUUCUUAUUCCAGCUCUACUGGAGCAGAUCUUGUGGUCUGAAGGAGUGAGUGGCCGUCCUAUUCGAGUGCCAUCAAGCUGACAGAUACACUGAAUGUUUCUUUAACUGGUUGGGGAUCCUGUGUGGGAUUGUUCAAAUCUCAACCCACAAAUAUAUCAAGUCUGUUAUUAAUGCAGUUUAUGCCAGAUCAAAGAACAAAGAUCAGUAGAGCACAGGAACAGGCGCUGUAUUUCCUCUAGUUCCAGCUUAUUCAUAUAUCUGUCAAGAUGCCUCUUAAACAUUGAUAUUGUGUCCACUCCACCAGCUCCUCAGACAGUGCAUUCC